AUGAAUAGUGAAGCGCUUCGUCUUGUUUGGCUCGAUAAAAAUGGAAAUGAUUCAAAAACAAAUACCAAGAUUGAAGAACAACUUCGUAACUGUACAAAGCAUUUGAAAAUCUUCAAAUAUGAAACACCGUGCGAACUCUAUAUCCAUUCUUUAUCUGAAAACGAUCGAAUUAUUUGGAUUGUCAAUGCUUCUUUGGCUGAAACAAUGCUACCAAAUUUACAUGAACUACAACAAAUAUCAUCAAUCUAUGUUUAUAACUCCAGUGAAACAAUAGACCGUGAGAAAUGGACCAAAGAUUACACAAAGAUCAAAUGUAUUAUGGCUGAUUUGAAUCUUCUUGUUGAACGAAUUCGAACAGAUUACAAUCAAUGCCGACAGAGAAAAGUUGAGGAUCAACCUGUAUUCAAUGUUUUUAACGCUAAUUCUUUGAAUGAACAAUCAACAAUGGGUCUUAACGGAGAAUUUGUUCAUUCGCAAUUACUCAUCAAUUGUUUAUUUCGAAUGCAAGCGAGUCCCACUGACAAAGAUGAAUUGAUAUAUUUAUCAAAACAAGAAUAUAAAAGUGAUUUGUCCAUUAUUUAUGAUUUUGAAGAGAGUUACUCGUCCGAUCGAGCAUUAUGGUGGUAUACACGUGAAUCAUUCUUAUACCAGCAAUUGAAUAAAGCUCUUCGGACACAAAAUAUCGAUUUAUUAUUUCUUUUCCGAUUUUUUAUUCGUGAUAUUCAUGAUCAGCUGGAGAAAAAUCGAUGUUCUUCACCCAUUUGUGUUUACCGAGGCCAAGUCAUUUCCAACGACGAACUAAAUUUACUACAGAACUCAAUUGGAUGCUUAGUUUCAAUGAAUUCGUUUCUUUCCACAAGUAUUAAUCGGCGUUCGGCUUUAUCAUUUCUCUAUUCUUCAUCAGAGAAAAUGCCAAAAGUUCUCUUUGAAAUCGAGGCUGAUCCGGAACUUGAAAAUAUUAAACCAUUUGCUAACAUAACUUCACUCAGCUAUUUUUCGAGUGAAGAGGAAGUUCUUUUUAUGUUAGGAUCAAUCUUUCGCAUUGUUAGUAUUGAUGAAAAUGAUCGUGGAAUCUGGAUUUUACGAUUGAAAUUAUAUAAUAACGAUGCGUAUGACGUUCAGGCUGUUUUUGAUUAUAUGAAAGAUCAGUAUGGAAAUGGUGAAACGACGAUUCUUUCGUUUGGAAUGAUUUUGACACAGAUGGGUAAAUAUGAUCAAGCGGAAAGGUAUUUUCAGCGUGUUUUGAAAGAUCUUCCAUCUAAUCAUGCAGAUAUCAGCGCUUGUUAUCAUAAUCUCGGCAAUCUAUUCGAUAACAAAGGCGAUUAUAAAUUAAGUCUCGAUUGGCAUCAAAAAGCACUUGCUAUGAUGAUGAAAGCAUUCCAACCGAAUGAUGAAAGAAUCGCAACAAGUUACAACAGUAUCGCUGCUGUUUAUUGUAAAAUGGAGGAUUAUACGAAAGCGCUUGAAUAUUUCUUAACAGCAUUGAAUAUUUGGCGACAAACACUAGGAGAACAACACCCAAAUAUGGGUCAGUGUCUAAGUAACAUCGCCGGUGUUUAUCUCAUGUCUGGAAAAGGUUCGGAGGCACUUGAAUAUCUGUUGAAAACUUUGAUUAUAUACGAACAGCAUCUACCCGCAAAUCAUCCUCAGGUUGGUGAUUUACAUAAUAAUAUUGGCGCAGUUUAUUCAAGUCUUAACCAGAUGGAUCUCGCACUAGAUCAUUUUAAUAAGUCAUUGAAGAUUAAAGAAAAAUGCCUUCCUUCACAACAUCCGGACAUUGCAAUGACUUUAUAUAAUAUCGGUCUCAUUUAUGAAGAUCAAAGUCAAUGGCAACAGGCUAUUUCAUAUUUGGAAAGAGCCCUUCACAUUUACCGUCAUCUACUUCUUCCAAAUCAUCCAACGAUUAUCAAAACCGAACAAAUUCUUGCGCGUGUUUGUGACAAAUCUAAAACGACGUGA